AAAUCCAGGAUGAAUCGUCUGUUGCUUGUUCUGCUUUUCGUGUACGUUGUUUCUGCGACACGAUGCAUCAUCAAAGACGACAAGGACGAACCAGAGGUUCACGUGAUCCGCUUAGGGGAUCGCAGCAGUGGAGAGUCAGACGAGUCGGACGUCGUAACCUUGCACCUACCGGACAGCCGACGGAAAAGAGCAGCGAGUGACUACUGCAAAAAACACAGCGACUGUGCCGCGGGAAAAGUUUGCGUUCCCUAUCUAGGAUGCAUCAGGGGACACCGAAAGAACCCUACCACGCAAAAACCCACCCCGAUGAAUCACUUGGUUGGCAACGUUCAGUAAUGCAACUACCGACGAAAUAACUCUG